GCACACCCAUCCAUAAUGGUUUCUUCCAACAUCUUUGUCCAGAAAGAGCUUUAAACUGGUGUAAUUGAGUGCACAGAAGAUGACGAAUUUUUGAAGAAGUUGAUAACCAAUAAUGGCCGGUGUCGUUUUGGAAAAUUUAAGCUGGAAAAAGCUCAUAAUUCUUGGAGUGUUUCUUUUGAUUUUGAUGAUCUCGUUCUUUUUGAUAGGAGGUUACGUUGCACCAAACCCAUCAAAUGUCGUCACUGUGCUGGCAACAAGAUGUUAUGACAGAGGAAGCAAACUUAACAGAUCCAAAUGGUUUGUUCCAAGAGGCCCACAGAAAUGUGAGGAAUUGAAUAAUCUUAGUCCUACAGAUGAAGUCAUAGUGAACAAUUCCAUAACGGAAAAACAGGUGGUGUUUUCCUUUUGGAUCCCAGGACCACGGGAAGGGGCAGAAAGAAGGAUGUCCCCUCUGUUUCAGUCCAUGCUUGGAGUACUGCAGCUUGAUAUAGAGCACAGCGCAAAAGUACCACUAACUGAGAAUGCUGUUCUCCAGCUUGAUGUUGGUAUGGCUGUGAGAAAUGAAGAGGAUACGGACUGGAUGCCACUGGCAAAGUCAGUAGAAGAUCGUAAUCUACAGUGUAAGCUGGACAAACCCAAAGAGGAAGGUUAUUUGUAUGACUGUGAACUGCUGCAGCUCUUUGAACUAGGAAGUGUCGCUCAUCACUUUUAUUUGGUGAACAUUAGGCUUCCUGUCAACUUCGUUAAAGGCUACAAUGUGGGAAUUGGCAGAGUGGUAGAUAUGCACAUUCAUGUAAUACACCAGAAUGGAGGCUUCACCAUUGUGUGGAUGACAAUGAAAUGUGUGAUGUUCGUGAUGGUUCUGUCUGUUCUGAUCUGGUUCUGGAGGAGAAUUAUGCAGCUGGGGAGACCACCUAAUCUUCUGGAGAGAACACUGUUUGCCCUGGGAGUUGUAAUGUCAAUACUCAAUUGUCCCAUUGAACUGCUGCAGUUGGGCCUCAAUAUUCCUUUCAUGCUGCUUUUGAACGACAUCAGACAGGGAGCAUUUUAUGCCAUGUUGAUGUCAUUUUGGGUCAUUUUCGCAGGGGAGCAUAUCAUGGACCAGACUGAGAGGAAUCGACUGAGUAUGUACUGGAAACACCUGUCGGCCAUCAUCUUUGGAUCCAUCUGUCUCUUCGUCUUUGAUAUGUGUGAAAGAGGAAUUCAGCUGAAGAAUCCAUUCUUUAGUAUUUGGGUAACCAAUGCUGGGACAAAAUUAGCUCUUGCCUUCAUCAUUUUGGCUGGAAUUGCGGCUGGAUGUUACUUCUUGUUUCUGUGUUAUAUGAUUUUCUGUGUGAUGAAGACCAUCAAUUCAAAGAAAGCAUCACUUCCCAGUAUGAGUCAGCUACGCCGCAGAUACUACCUGGGAAUUAUGUACCGAUUUCGUUUCCUGAUGCUGGCAACUCUUGUGUGUGCUGCCUUCACUGUUGUCUUCUUCAUCAUCUCCCAGCUGAACGAGGGCGAAUGGAGAUGGGGGGACCAUGAAUUGAGUCUGGAAUACACAAGUGGAUUCUUCACAGGAGUCUAUGGUAUGUGGAAUGUGUAUGUCUGUGGCCUGCUGUCUCUGUAUGCACCAUCUCAUAAAACUGUGGUGGAUAUGGACUCAACUGAUGGGUCUACUGAAGAAAACGUUCAGCUGACUCAGUUACCCACCACCCCAUCAGAAACAUCAGCACUGCAGGCGCUGACCUCCAAAGCAGCCCAGGACUAAGGGGACUUUUGGUGAGGAGAAUUUACAAACAUAGUGUUUGUACACAAAAUGAAAAGAUCACAUGUAUUGUUUGAAAAUAUGAAAUGACAAUACAGAAACCGAGUCUUCGAGCAUUUUGAUAUACAGGUUCUCUGAAGAAAAUAAUUAUUGUGCAUGUACGCAUAUGAUGAGAGAGGAAUAGGAACUGUAUAAAAAAAAAAACCUGAAGAAAUCUCAUCACAAAUAUGGAUCUGUUUUGUCGCAGAUAGAGAAAGGAAAUAUCAGCAAUAUUUAUUUUUAUUGAAAUGUGUUCUCAGUGUUAUAUGACAGAUCUUACUUGCUUUAUAUGUGCAUUUGUAUAACCUUAUUAUAUUAGAUGUGAAAUUUUCUACAUAGUCUAUUGUAUUUUUACAAAACCAUUGUUUUUCAUAUUUGUAAAAACCAAUUAUCUAGAUGUACACACAUUCACAACCUUUUCGGCAUCUAUUUCAAUGAUGACAUACAUAAGUUUCCUUGUUUUCAAUAAAAUGACUGUAUUAGGAAUAUGGAGCAUUGGUUUUAAGUUAUUAUUUCCUCCUCAAAAGAGGACAGCUUACAGACACAAAACCAAUGUUAGCAAAGAUGGGGUUGAAACACAAGUGCUGAUAAACAGUAUUUUCACAAAAGACUAUUGAUCAUUUAUGUAUACCAUUCAGUUUGUACAUGUAGUUACUUCCAUUUGAAAAAGUUCAGUAUUCAAAAGGAAAUAAUCUUUUUUAAAAAAUCAGUUGAAGGAAAUAUUAAAAUUGCCAAUCAUUACACUACUGUUGUGAGGGUUAAUGGGUUUCUUUCACCUUAGUAUUUAUAUAUAUGUAGUUAAUUAACAUUACUUACGUGUUAAUCACAUUACUUUGUGAAAAAUUUUAAAAUAAUGAAAGCUUUCAAGAUAUUUUAACUGCUAGUUAAACAUUAAAGACAGGUUGUCAAAAUAUAUUUUGAAAGGGUAUUCAGGAUGAUCAUUUACAUUUGAUUUUACUAUGAUAGUUGAUUUUUUGUGAAGUUGUGAUAAUUUUUUAAUGAAAUUAUUGUACAUUUACAGUUGGAUAUUUAUUAAUAUUUGUUUACUUAAGAAGUCAAUUUGUGUUUACCUUAUAUGCAUACUGCUUUAAGGUCAGUCAUAUUCUUUUUGCCAUUUUUCUAAAACCUUUUUUAUGUCUUUGAUAUGAGGAGUUCUUGUAUGAUUUCUGGUAUAGGUUUAAAUUUUAUAUUGUAGUAACUUUACUUUAUAUAUUGGCCUAGGUAGCUCAGUGGUUAGAUCACCUAUAAACUAGUAAUGUUCCAAUUGAUCCAAAGAUUUCCCCCCUUCUUUUCUACGAUAACUUAGUAAUGUCCAUAUAUACAACUUCCUGUAAUACGUAAGAGUUGACCUUACAUGUUUAAUUCCCAGAAUCAGGAACUUUCAAAAUAUUGGAACUCUAACAGACCUGGUAAUAUACCCUAAGUGUUUUUUGUUUUUGUUUUUUUGUAAACAAGAUUAGAUGCAAUUGAAUAGUACUUGAAAUGUCAUGAAAAGUUAUAUAUUAUUGAGAAACAUCACGUCCUUAACACUCUAUUAUUGAGAAAAGUCACAUCCUUAAUAAGGUUCCAUUAUUAUUGAGAAACGUCCUUAGGGCUUAUUUCAUUGUUUUUCACAGUUAUAGAGCUUGGGCUUCUCCUCAAAUUAAAUCCAAUAUUGAAAACAGCAUGUCCUUUGUUAGCUCUCCUAAGCUUACUGAAGUUUUAUAGGGCACCUAUCUGGCAGAUAAUUUGGAAGUUUUUCACAAUUUGGGCUUGUUCUCCAGAGUCAUUGGGCCAAAUUCAACUAAACCUUGCUGAAGAAAAUUCAAAGUAAUUCCUUUUUAACUAUUAGAAAUUGAAAAUAGGAUGGUCUUUCAACAAUCCUGUUUUUGAAAACCAUAGUGCCAGAUAUGACAAAAUGUGCAAGAAAGUGUUGAAAAUUUAGAUUAAAAAAAUAUUUAAUAGCCUUACUCUUAUGAACAACAAUUGUGAAAUUUAUGUACAAGCACUAAACAAGCAGUAAACAUGGUUUUGAACCACAGAUCAUGAGCCAAAUGAAAGGACAGAUUAUAUCUGUAUAUUGUUUUGUUUAUAUAAGUUGUUCACAUAUUGAGCCCUGGCUGUAGUACGCAAGUGAUUUUUUUUUUGUUGAAAAUAAAUGCAAGGUGCCUUAUAUAGCAUAGUGUAAAACAAAUUUCAAAUGUGUAAGGUGACUAACACCAGUUAUCCCUUAGGGUUUGUUCAGAUAAUUUCAUGGUUAUGCAAGUCUAAUUUGUUUCAGCAGAAAUAGAUUAUUUCUGACAAAUAUUCUGACUAUAAAACCAUGCAGAAUUGUCUCUUUUGAGGUGGAUUUAAAUUAUAUGCAUUGUUUUAUUUAUUUAUUUUUAAAUAUGAUGGAAAUGCUUCACAAUGUAAAUGUGCAAUUUUGUGUACAUCCCAUAUUGGUUCACUUAAUGAUUUACAAGAGUUUCAUAUUGUUCAUAUUCACCAGACUGACUCUAAUAUGAUAUAUAGAACUUAAAUUUUGCUUCGCUUUUCUUAAAAAAUGAUUUUUUUUUUUAACAGAACAUUAAUAAUACACAUUCAUACACAAUUUUAUCUCCGAGGAAAACUUAUGGUUUUCCUGAUAUACAUGUACUUAAGCAGAACAUUCUCUUCAGUAAAAAAAAACUAUUUAGGUCUGUAGAAGUGGCGUACUAUACAGACCUAUUUGGAAAGUUCGAGUGAAAAUCAAACAGAUUACUAUGGAAGAUUAUUUUCGUGUGUAUUAUAUGUUUAUCAAUCCUGUUUUGGAUCAUUAAAUUAUUUUUUACCCUUUCCAUGACAGGAACAGGAAAAUAAUUGCAGACAUUUUUGUUUUUUAUUGGAAAAAUUUUUGUAUUUCAAAUGUUUAUUUAAAACGUGUGAAUCUUUGCUGAAAACGAGGAAGAAUUUCAAGAAUUUUAUGAUCUGUUAUGUAUGAGGAAAUCAUGAAGUUGAUUUAAAGUUACUCAUUUCCUUUGUCAACAUUUUCUAGGUUUUUUUUUUUAUUAUUAUUAUAGAUAGCAGCAGCUCAACAUUUUUGUAAUGCUGUGUAUAUAGUGAAGUUCUUUUGAGCUUUGAAAUCAUUUAUGAAAUAAAUGUUUUAUCUAUGUA